AUGGCUCCCGAUCCGAAAACUGAGCACCAUGAGCACAAGAAGAAGGUCAACUUGACCGAUGUCUCCGGCGCCGAGCGCAAAGAUGAGGAUGAGACAGCGACCGCCAUUCUCAAGAAGAAGAAGAAGCCCAACCAGUUGAUGGUGACGGAUGCCGUCAACGAUGACAAUUCGAUUAUCGCCCUCUCAAACAACACCAUGGAGGCGCUUCAGCUCUUCCGGGGUGAUACAGUGCUGGUUCGCGGCAAGAAGAGGAAGGAUACCGUGCUGAUCGUUCUCGCCGACGAUGACCUGGACGAUGGCAGCGCUCGCAUCAAUCGUGUCGUCCGCCACAAUCUGCGCGUCAAGCAUGGCGACAUCAUUACCAUCCACCCGUGCCCGGACAUCAAAUAUGCCAAGCGUAUUGCCGUGCUCCCAAUCGCUGAUACCGUUGAGGGCCUAACAGGUUCCCUGUUCGACGUCUUCCUCGCUCCAUACUUCCGGGAAGCCUACAGGCCCGUCAGGCAAGGCGAUCUCUUCAUCGUGCGCGGCGGUAUGAGGCAGGUUGAGUUCAAGGUCGUCGAGGUCGACCCGCCUGAGUACGGCAUCGUCGCCCAAGACACCGUCAUCCACUGCGAAGGCGAGCCCAUCCAGCGUGAGGAAGAGGAGAACAACCUGAACGAAGUCGGCUAUGAUGAUAUUGGUGGCUGUCGGAAGCAGAUGGCUCAGAUCCGUGAAAUGGUUGAGCUGCCGCUUCGCCACCCUCAGCUAUUCAAGUCCAUCGGUAUCAAGCCUCCUCGCGGUGUGCUGCUUUACGGACCCCCCGGUACCGGUAAAACGCUGAUGGCUCGUGCCGUCGCCAACGAGACGGGCGCGUUCUUCUUCCUCAUCAACGGUCCCGAAAUCAUGUCCAAGAUGGCUGGUGAAUCCGAGUCAAACCUGAGAAAGGCGUUCGAGGAGGCCGAGAAGAACUCGCCGGCCAUCAUCUUCAUCGAUGAAAUCGAUUCGAUCGCUCCCAAGCGUGAGAAGACGAACGGCGAGGUCGAGCGCCGUGUCGUGUCUCAGCUCCUCACUCUGAUGGACGGUAUGAAGGCGCGGUCCAACGUUGUAGUCAUGGCAGCGACCAACCGGCCCAACUCCAUUGAUCCCGCUCUGCGUCGGUUCGGCCGUUUUGAUCGCGAGGUUGACAUCGGCAUCCCCGACCCUACUGGCCGUCUGGAGAUUCUGCAGAUCCACACCAAGAACAUGAAGCUUGGGGACGACGUUGAUCUUGAGCAGAUCGCUGCUGAGACCCACGGCUACGUGGGCUCUGAUAUUGCUGCCCUUUGCUCCGAGGCCGCCAUGCAGCAGAUUCGUGAGAAGAUGGAUCUCAUCGAUCUCGACGAGGAUACCAUUGAUGCCGAAGUCCUUGACUCGCUUGGUGUUACAAUGGAAAACUUUCGCUUUGCCCUCGGUGUGUCGAACCCCUCGGCUCUCCGCGAGGUUGCCGUUGUCGAGGUUCCCAACGUCCGUUGGGAAGACAUUGGUGGUCUCGAGACCGUCAAGCAAGAGCUCAAGGAGAGCGUCCAGUACCCCGUCGAUCACCCCGAAAAGUUCCUCAAGUUCGGUCUUUCGCCGUCUCGAGGUGUUCUGUUCUAUGGCCCACCGGGUACGGGUAAGACAAUGUUGGCCAAGGCCGUCGCCAACGAGUGCGCCGCCAACUUCAUCUCCGUCAAGGGUCCGGAGCUGCUUUCCAUGUGGUUCGGUGAGUCUGAGAGCAACAUUCGCGACAUCUUCGACAAGGCCCGUGCCGCUGCCCCCUGCGUCGUCUUCCUCGACGAGCUGGAUUCGAUCGCCAAAGCUCGCGGUGGGUCUGUCGGCGAUGCUGGCGGUGCUUCUGACCGUGUUGUCAAUCAGCUUCUGACGGAAAUGGAUGGCAUGACGUCCAAGAAGAACGUCUUUGUCAUUGGCGCUACCAACCGGCCCGAGCAACUUGACCCCGCCCUUUGCCGUCCCGGCCGUCUCGACUCACUCAUCUACGUGCCUCUGCCGGAUGAGGCCGGCCGUCUGAGCAUUUUGAAGGCCCAGCUGCGCAAGACCCCCGUUGCCGCUGAUGUGGAUCUCAAUUACAUUGCCUCCAAGACGCACGGCUUCUCUGGUGCCGAUCUGGGCUUCAUUACGCAGCGUGCUGUCAAGCUGGCCAUCAAGGAAUCCAUCAAUGCUGAUAUUCAGCGCUCCAAGGAGCGCGAGGCUGCCGGCGAGGAUGUCGAGAUGGAGGACGACGAGGACCCCGUCCCCGAGCUCACCAAGCGUCACUUCGAGGAGGCCAUGCAGCAAGCGCGUCGCUCCGUCACGGAUGUCGAAAUCCGCCGCUACGAGGCAUUCGCCCAACAGAUGAAGAACGCUGGCCCCGGUGCUUAUUUCAAGUUCCCCGAGGGCGGCGUCGAGGGUGCCAACAGUGGUGGUGCAGGUAACUCGUUUGGCGAUGCCGGCAACGACGACGGUCUUUACGACUAA